GAAAACUGCGUUCAGGAAAACUCAUUCAAGGUGCCACGGUCACUGUUUGUUUCAAGGAAGGUGGAAAGCCUGUUGUAUGAAGUCAAUUUCUGUUGGAGAAAUGGGGAUGUACUACUGUGGAUGUUGCACCUACUUCUUGCCUGAAGAUGAAAGGAAUGCCAUCGCCAUAAAUAAGGAAAUCAAACACAUCCUUGCAAAGCAGAGGAAAAAAGAACGGAGAGAAAUCAAGUUGCUUUUAUUAGGCACGGGAGAAAGUGGAAAGACAACGUUUACGAAGCAAAUGAGGAUUAUUCAUGGAAAGGGCUUCUCAACUGAUGAGAGGCGUAGCUACACUAAACUGGUUUUCCAGAAUAUCUUACAAGCUAUGAGUGCAAUAACAGAAGCCAUGAACACGCUAAAGAUUCCCUACUCCAACCUACAGAACGAGGUGAUCAAGAGCCCGAGUGUGUUUCUGGUUUAUGCCCAGUGGUUCAAGGAUUUGGACAUACAUCAGAUAACACAGCUGCAGAGAAAUUACAUAGAGGCUAUUCGUCAACUAUGGAAAGACCAAGCCGUUAAGAUCUGCUAUGAAAAGCGCAGAGAGUAUCAGUUACUAGACUCCACUAAGUACUUUAUUGAUGACUUGGAUCGCAUCACAGCCGAAGGCUACAUCCCAACAAAUCAAGAUAUUCUUCAAGUCCGAUUCCCCACUUCCGGCAUCAUAGACUAUUGCUUUGAAUUGGAGAAGAUGACUCUCAGGAUUGUAGAUGUCGGUGGUCAGAGAGGACAGAGAAAGAAGUGGAUCCAUUGCUUUGAAAAUGUGACAUCGCUCAUAUUUCUAGCCUCCAUGAGCGAGUACGACCAACUUCUGGAGGAGAAUAACAAGGAUAACCGUAUGCAGGAGAGCUUGUCACUGUUCUACACGGCCAUCCACUCAAAGUGGUUUGCUAAUUCCUCUGUCAUCCUGUUCCUGAACAAAAAAGACAUCCUGGCUGAAAAGAUUCAGUUCUCAGAUCUAAAAACAUACUUUCCUAAAUUCAAAGGUAAACGUAGGGACGUUCAAGAUGCCAUGGAUUUCAUCAGAGGUUUAUAUAUACAGAAUGCAAUUUCCUACGAGACAAAGAAGUCCAAAAAAAUGUACUCUCACUUCACCUGCGCCACGGACACCAAAAACAUCCGCGACGUCUUCUCUGACGUCAAAAACAUUGUCCUUGUCCAGUCCUUAGAGAAAAAUGGAGUUAUUUAAUGAGCCCUAAAUGCACCUUCAGUUUGCAUACUCAUCAGCCAAAUUAAUGUGUUAUCAUUAUUUAUAACAGAGCAUUCCUGGACAAAAUGUAAUUAUGAGUUAGUUUUAUUUGUCUGUUUGUAUGCUUGGGCUGUUGGUGAAAAUGUAAAAAAUUACACAAAGAAAAAUGAUAACUAUACAAUAAAUUAGAACUGUAAACAGUCAGUUUAAGGUAGAGUAUGUUGGUUAAAUAUGUGGUUAAAUGUCAAAAUAACUCCAAUAUCAUACUCUAGAGUUAAGUGGGGUGGGGGUAAAUUAAGCACGAUCUGAUGUGACGUCACAUAACUGUGUUGCAUUGUGGUCUACAAAGUGUUGCUGCGCUCACGUCAUGUCGUAAUUACCAUAAUUUCGAAGUGACAACACGUUACGUUCUCGGACUGUUAAUAAAAAAAUCUGCAGAGGUCAGGUAGCACGUGCUGAAAUCUAUGGUAAUUACGAAUGCACCAUAUAUAUAUUGAGUAGACUCGCUCCCUCA